UGUUCGAAAAAGUGAGUUCGUCGCAAAAGGGGCGGUCUCAUUGUCGGCUGCUGCGCGGGUGGCGGGUCGACGUCUCGACGGUCAGCAGCCUCACCAACCCCGUUGGUUUGCGUAUGUACCCAAGGACGCACUGACGAUUCCCUACAUUGAUGAAUCGGCAAACGUCUCAUCCAGAACAACGACUACUACUCAUACGAGUAUCUGACGGAAACUACGAUGAGAACACAAAACUAGUCGUCACCUCAUUCUACCCACGCCGUCAGGAGGAUGCCAAUAAUAAUAGCACAUCACCAUCAUCGGCCUCCUCAUCCGGAUCUGAAAUAUCAACUCGUCUUGUAAAUAUAACUCCUGAAGAUGUCGUCAAAUUUUUCGACGAGCAUCCAACCUCAUCAUAUAUAUUCACAAAAGGUCCAGAACCAAUCAGACAUGUGCUCAUACCAUUGUUCGCGAGAAACGAACUUUGUGUUCCACAUCCACUUCAUCAUUAUUAUGAUAUCAAACAUUUGUAUUACGGUAAUCAAGAAGAAGAUGGUAUGGAACAAGAAGAAAUUGAAGAUGACGUAGCAAUUGCCAGGGCCAUUUUGGAUAUGGAUGACGAACUUCUCGAGAAAACCCAUCAAUUUGUGAAUAUCGAAUACCAGCCUGCACCGAUUCUGGAAGAUCAAGAAGUCGGCGCCGACGGAGACAAUGUUGUAUGUAGAGCCCGUGGAUUACCAUGGCAGGCUUCUGACCAUCAUGUUGCACAAUUUUUUGCUGGAUUGGAUAUUGUGCCGGGCGGAAUUGCACUUUGUCUAUCCUCAGAAGGACGUCGAAAUGGUGAAGUAUUAGUUCAAUUUUCAAGUCAGGAAUCCAGAGAUUUGGCAUUAAAAAGGCACAGAAAUUUUUUGCUUUCUCGAUACAUUGAAGUUUAUAAAGCUGGAUUGGACGAAUUUAUGCAUGUUGCAACUGGCUCCUCAACUGAAGCGAUGGAAUUUGUGAGCGCCAAUGCAAUUAUUGUUCGGAUGAGAGGAUUGCCUUAUGAUUGUACUGAUGCUCAGAUUAGAACAUUCUUCGAACCACUAAAACUUACGGACAAAAUCUUAUUCAUCACCAGAACUGAUGGACGACCCACAGGCGACGCAUUUGUUCAAUUCGAAACCGAAGAGGAUGCCCAACAGGGUCUUCUGAAGCAUCGCCAAGUCAUCGGACAACGCUACAUUGAGCUCUUCAAGAGCACGGCGGCCGAAGUUCAACAAGUUGUGAAAAGAUGCAAUCUGAUUAAUAGCUCUCCAGCAGUAGCAAAUGCUGUUGAAGCACCGGAAGAGAAAAAGAAGGAUUGUGUACGCCUACGUGGAUUGCCUUAUGAAGCUACUGUGCAACAUAUCGUCACAUUCCUUGGUGACUUUGCAACAAUGGUAAAGUUCCAAGGUGUUCAUAUGGUAUACAACAAUCAAGGUCAUCCAUCAGGUGAAGCAUUCAUUCAAAUGAUCAAUGAGCAAGCGGCUUCUGCCUGCGCUGCUGGAGUUCACAAUAACUUUAUGUCUGUUGGCAAAAAGAAGAGAUACAUCGAAGUAUUCCAAGCAUCUGCUGAGGAGCUUAACCUUCAUCAUCUGGUUGGUCAACAACAUCAGGUUCCACCACCGGCUCCAUUGGGUUUCAUGGGGCAGCUGCCACCACAGGCACCACAACCACAACAGUUCUGGUCAAGUUACCCAUCUCCACCAAUUUCACCAAUUGUGCCAGGGCAGGUUACCCAAUUGAUUAUCUAUGGUAUCCAUAUGAGCAUCGGAGUUCCUGAGCUGGUGGCUAAUUUCACAACACCGGAACAUACUGUUGAUAAUGUCCUAUUCACACGUUGGCCAACUCAUUUGUGUCCGGGAGAAGCCAUUUUGACGCUCCGCAAUCGUGGUGCUCCACCGCCUCAAACGAGCCCAUUAUCACAAAUUUCUCAGUUAUCUGCUCCGAACUUCGCUGCUUAUUCUCACCAUCCACAAAACUUCCCACUUCAACCGAUUUUGAUGGAAUAGAUCGAGUAAAGCUAUCGGAAUAAUUAAUUAUCAUUUAAUCAUGUUUUCCUAAAUUUUUCUCGUUGAAUUCCCGUUCACUCCCAUCAUAGUAUUCUGUUAUUUCUUGCCCUAGAGCCCUCAUUUUUUGUCGCAUAAUUUACUGCGUCUCAUCACUUCCAAACCUGUCUCUCUCUCUCACUCCAACCGUCUCUCCACAUCCAUCCAUUCAUCUUCACGUUCGCAAUUUCUGUGAUUUGACCAAAAGUUGACUCUUUUCCGCCCUAAUUUAUUGUAAUUUCCUGCGAAAAAGUUGUGAUUCAAAAAAAAACUGUGAUUAUUUUCCAUGUGUUGUACUCAGAAAGAAAUCUAUUAAUAAAUAAUAACAAGUUU